AUGUUCUCCUGGGAGGCAAGUUUAUCAAAUGAACUUUACUUUGUUCGGCAAUACUUUUAUAGCGGCAGCUAUGAGAAGUUGUUCGAAAUCGAUGCUUCAUCUUUAUCCGAAAAAGGCCUCGAAUUAACAGAACUAUACAUGGCUAGAGCAAAGCUGGCAUUGGGAGAAAGUAUUGAAUCGAUUCAGGGCACGCUUACUCAAAAGUCUGCUGGAGGCGCCGCUCUUUUGGCAUUGGCAGGUGAAGGAAGCAUGGACCUUUUAAUUGAGCAGCAUGGAGAUUCAGAUGCUGCUGUCCAAACCUUAGGAGCCAUCUAUUUAAUUCGUAAGAAAGAGUACGACGAAGCGUUAACUUUGGUCCAAAAAUCUGUCGAAAAUUUGGAAGCUGUGGCUUUGGAAGUGUAUAUCCAUUUAUAUCAACACAAGUUAGAAGCCGCAGAAGCAGCAAUCACUAAAAGUUUGGAUUGGGCCGAUGAAGAAAUUGUUUUGCAAAUUGCUCAGUCUUGGGUAAAGCUUGCUAGAGGUGGUUUAGACUCCUACAAUGAUGCCUUUUAUAUUUAUGAGGAAUUAAAUGGUAGUGAAAGCAAUCCUCGUGUUUUGACUUGCAUGGCUUGCUCUGAUUUAUGUUUGUUACGCACUCAAGAAGCUCUUACUUCUUUACGAUCGGCCCUUGAAAUGCAAUCCAAUUAUGCACCUGCGGCCAGCAAUUUGAAGACGGCCAUCCUUGCUCUUGGUCCUUUAGCUCCCUUAGACGCAAAACGACUGUAUGAAAACUCUUCUUCCGGUGCUUUCCUUACAAAGCAAUUAGAUCAAAAGUCCCAAGAAUUUGAUGCAUUAGCUAAACAAUGCCUCGCCAGUUCUUCUGCUUAA